AUGAAAGUAUAUAAUUUGAAUAUAAGACAGUUGACACAUAUUGCUAAUAUAUGCAGUUUAAUUGUUGAUACUUUGCGAGACAGGCUCAUAUGCCCGUGCAAGAUUUCCAGACUCCACAGACACUCUGAAUCAGAGUUAACCUCUCAGUCUUGCCACACCAGCUUGACAAUAAACUUGCUCAUGAAGCAAAGGAACAGGAUCCAAAAGCACGGGAAUUUACUUCCAAAUUUUCACCUCAUGCCCUUCCUCCCUUGGCAGAAACAAAAUAUGGCACUGGAGGAAUACAAGGACACAAUAGCCACAGUGGCUACCGUAGUGACCAUUGUCCAGUUCCUCAGUGGGACGGACAUCUGCCGCAAGAUUGUCAAACAGGGUUCAACAGGGGAGAUCUCAGGGUUCCCCUUCGUAGGUGGUGUCUUCUCGACCAGCAUGUGGCUCACUUAUAGCUGGUUGUUGCAUGACCUUUCUAUGACAGUCACCAAUGGCGUAGGUUUUGUUCUCCAGUUCCUGUACUUGGCCAUAUACCUAGGUAUUGCAUCUCCCCGGUCUUGGUAUGCAGUCAGAAGACAGAUGACUGUGCUGUUUGGUGUCGCUGGGUGGUGCUCUAUUACUUCUCUUCUCAGGUUUGCAGUGGAAGAAAUUAAACCAAAGUGGGCCUGGUGUGCUGUGUGGCAAGCGUGA